CACAGCAUAAACAAACCAAUUAUCAGGUCAUAUAUGUUUGCAUUAGAUUCAGACUAUUUUUUAUGAAAGAAAAACACAUUUAACAGAAAAUUACAGAGGCAUAUCACUGCUACUCUGGAAUGUAAAAAAUGAUUAGAAUAAUGUUAGAAGUGUGAUGGUUGUUGAAAGUUGGUACCCGACAUGUAAACCAGACUGGGGAAAGGUUUAAAGGAUUUUAUUAAAGGGAAUGUGCAGGGGAAAGAGAGGAUCCUGAGUCCAAGACUGGAGUUGUAUGCUGUACAUAUAUUAACAUGUUCAAUAAAAAGGAAAAAAGAAAAAAAAAGUCUCUGUUAGCAUGUCAACACGGUGAAAAGCAAGGAGGAUGUUUUUAUUCCUACUGUUUAUCUGGAAGACAAAUUCAAUCAACAGUCUGAGGCCACUGACACAGAUCUAACUAGAAUACAACACAAUAUGACAAAUAUGACCAUAACAUUUAUGAUAAUAUCACCUCAGCAGGAUGUUUCUUAUAUCCAGCCGCCCAAAGUUUCUCUUUUUUACAAUUUCAGUUUAAAAGUUUUGCUGUUUCACAGUUUAAUCCAGUACAAAAACUGUUUAAAGCCCAAAAUCAGCAGACACAAGGACAGUUUCUUCCCCCAGGCUGCUGCCCUUGUGAAGUUCUAAUGCUCACAAAAAGACCUCCGUGACUGUAAAUGACUUUAUAACUUUUUAACAGUUUACCGCUCUGCCUCCUAAGCUACUGCCACCUCCAUGGGAAAUUUGGUUUGCAACAGGCAUCAGCACACCAGUACAUGAUAAAACAUACAUUUUGUAUCUGAUUCUGAAUUUUCACUGAAGUGUCAAAAAAACAACAACAUUUUCAUAGAAACACCUCAAAAAAAAAACCACAGCAGAUUAAGUCACUUGACCCUGACAGCAUACAGGUCACAGUCUUAGUCUUUACCCAUCUGUUCCAGGUUUAUAAACACAUCACAUCAAACACACAGCUCACCUGAGCCUUUCCACAGGUGAGUGUCAAACUGUCAUAUCAGUAAACAUACAGAAUAUCCAAUCAAAAAUGAAGCCAUCAUAUAACAUCAUCCCUGGAAAGGUUGGGCUAUCCCCUGGUUUAGGUGGGCUAAUGAUCCCAGGCUAAGGUGCCUUUCAUGAGACUUGGGUCCCCAGCUGACCCAGAUGGAGGCUCCUAUCCUAGUUCCCAGGUGUGCUCACCAGUGUCUUACCUAUAGACAAUUUGUGUGAGCUGGAUCAGGUGACAGGCUUCAGACAGGUGAAGUUACACCUGUGCUUUAUGAGGAUGGCCCUACAAAGUGCUAACCAGGUCACCUUCACAUUAAAUAAAGGCUGAGUGGUGGGAACUGACCCACCUGGAUGAGGUAAGAUCACCUUCACAUGACCAUCAAUAAAGAGUCAUCAAUCAGAAUGCCUUGGGGCUCUACCUGUGGAGACAACAAGAACUAUUAAAGAGCUGAACUAGGUCACAUCUACACCAAUCACACCUGAUCAGUACAGCAUGUCUCAGGUUCAAAGAUCCACCUUUGGACCGGGUGACCCAGCUACAGGUGACCCAGGUAAAGACCUUCAUAGAUUAGCAAAUCCAACUUUUAAAGCUCAAAAUGAGAUAUAUGACACUUUUUUUUCAGAGGCGCCAAAAACCAACAAACUGAUCCCCCCCCCCCCAGCUGCUUUAGAGUCAGAACUGUUUGAUAUUGAAACUCUUAAUUUAUUUAUUUAAUCUUAAAUCGUUCACUGCAGAGUCAACGAGUCAAACAUGAAAACUAAAGGACUCAGUCUGACAAUCUGACUUAAUCACUUAAGAUCAGACAUAAAUUUCUUCAACCUGUUUAAUAACGCACACGCGUACGCAUACAUACACACACUGAUUUUAAAUUCCAGUAAUUGUGCGUCAUGUGGCACCUGUGUGUUUCCCUGUCAUCAGCUCACAUUACACAUUAAAAAAGAAACAAACACAGGCCUAAUUUAACUCAAAGAUCCACACCUUUACACCUGUGUGGGCUGGGCCUUAGGUGGGCAGGGCCUGUGGUUUUAUUAACAGCUGUGAGUCUAACAGGUGAGAUCACUCUGCAGGUGAUUCGGAGACUCCAGAGGGUUCGGUGAGUGUCCCCCAUUAUUUAAUGAUGCUUUAAACACCCCAGGAGUAGAAAGAGUUCAAUUUGAUAAAAUGUAGAAUUUUUAGAAAGUCUUCUUUAAUUACCAAUUUAUGUAGGUUUGUAUGAGCUUCUCAUACAGUAACUGAUAACUGGUGUUUUCUGUCAAUACUAAAAAUAUGAGAUCAAUGUUUUUAUUUCAGUGAACUGCUUCACAACAUUUUUAAUGGUAAAAAUAAAAUGUUUGAAUGAAUAUUAUUUAUUUUCAUGUUUUGUUUUCUCCAUGCUGGUUGCAAUUCAUCAUUGAAUUACUGAUUUUUUUUUGUUUUAUAAACUGAAUUUGGAGGACAUAAAAUGUCCUCUGAGGCUCCAUAUAUGCUUUUUUCUCAGUCAAAUGAAAAGUGAUUGAACUAACCCUUUGAAGGGGACACUGUCCCUUGCAGAUCAGCUGACUCAGUCGGUCACACAGCUGCAGUGUGUUUAUCAAGCUGUAGCACCAUCAUUGUUUUUCAUGUUAAAGUCACAGGACCCACAUAAACCUCAGGUAACACAGCAGCCGUUUCACCUGCACUCAGGUGAAUGAUGACAUGAGAAGUGACAUCAGGCGGCUGACCAUAUUUCCUUCUCUUUCUGUCUCUCUGCAGCCAUGACAAUCUUUUUAUGUUACUUCCUGUUGAUUGGGCUUUUACUCCCUGCCGUCAUGGGGAUGCCAGAGCCACUCCUCAUAGGUGACUGGGAGCCCCCCCUUAAGGCUCAGCCCACACCUUCAUACCCUCCAAUGGACGGCCCGGGACGUAUGUUUUACCCUGAAAGAGAGAACAUGACGGAUCCACCAACGGGAGACCUGGAGGAGUACUGCCAGAUGCUGCUGCAAGUCCCUGUCCCUCCAGACCAGAUGCCCUGGUUCUGUAUGUGCACCCAGUGCCAGAGCAGCCAGGGGCCCAAAGGAGACCCUGGAGACCGUGGACUGCCAGGUAAAUCAGAGGCAAUGUACACCUGAGGCAAGGUAUACCUUAGGUCAGGUACACCUGAGGCUGGAUACACCUAAAUCCAGGUACACCUGAGGCCAAAUACACCUGGAGCACGGUACCCUUGAGGUCAGUUCUACCUGAGACUUCCUCAUCUGGUUUUGAGCCAAUGUGGAGUUUAAGUUCCAGGUUCUGGAUCAAGGACAUAGAGGUGGUCCAAAGGGGUCUACUUUCUGAUUUAGACUCAAUCAACCCUCUAAAACAGGGGUGUCAAAGUCAAAUGGACGGAGGGCCAAAUAAAAAAUUUAGCUACAAGCCGAGGGCCGGACUGAUCGAAUGUUCAUUGAAAAAUUUUUAAAUGACGCAUAUAGUCUAGUGAACCUAAUUGAACCUACUGAAAACCUAACAAAUAUAUUCCAAUAUGAUCAGAUAAAUAAAGCAAUAUUUUCUUAUGGCUCUGUCAGUAAUCUUUAAUUUUCAACAGACACAAAAGACAAAUUUCCUUUAUAUAAAAAUCCCCAUAACAUGAACAUUAAAUGAAAGAAACCAGUAUUAUUCAAGGCACCAUCAGUAGCCUAUAUUUUCUAUUUUAGCAAAAGUGGGCUAAAUUUACUUCAAAGAAAAAAAUAAUAAUAGCAAUUUUCUAUCAUCCACUCAACUGAAAUAUUUUUAAAAUAUAAUUGGAUUGAAAUACAAUAAAAUAAAGUGCAAAAAUCUAUUAAUCAAAAACAACACUUUCUUCAAGGAGAAGUAACAUGCAUUUUUGAUAGGUAUCUGAAAGUUAAUUUUACUGUUAUGCUGACGACUGCUGUGCUAAUAAAUAUUGAAAUGAAGCAGCCUACUGCUCGGUGCGUCACCGUUGCAUUGUGGGAAAUGUAGUAUUGGUGCGUGUAAAAGAUCUGCGGGCUGCCGGCUUGCUGCGGUCUGCGGGCCGGUUCUAAUAAUAAAUCAAGAUCAUCCCAGGGGCCGUAAAAAACCUUCUCGCGGGCCGGGCCUUGACUCUGACAUAUGUGCUCUAAAAGUUCUCUGUGUCCCCCCUCAGGUAGUCCUGGGAGUCCUGGAAGAAGAGGGAUGACAGGAUUCAGAGGUCCACCAGGUUUUGUAGGCAGACCAGGGGUCAAAGGUAAAAGUGUUUCCAUCAUCCUUUGCUGCCAGUCUCUCUGUCCACACUGAAUGUGAUAUUGUUCCUCCUUCAGGUCAGAAAGGGGACGAGGGCGAGAAAGGGGACAGAGGGCUGCAAGGUUUUAUGGGACCUAAAGGAGGGCGAGGCUUUAAAGGUGAGGGGCACAUGUGACAAGAUCCUCAGGAAAAGUCCUGUUCCAUUCUGUGAAGUGGUUUCUCUUGUCCUGCAGGUGAUAAAGGUGAACGUGGUCUGGAAGGCCCCCCAGGUGAUCCAGGUCGUAAAGGAGAAGAUGGAGUCUGCCCCCACGCCUGUGAGUCCAGCCAAGUCCCCUCAGGACCACCAGGUCAACCUGGUUCUUCAGGGCCCCGGGGUCUACCUGGCAGUCCUGGACCAAUGGGGCUGAAAGGUGAAAAAGGAGACACAGGUGGCAUGGGAGCUCCAGGUGUACCUGGGCUUGUGGGUGACAAAGGAGAGCCAGGGCCACAGGCAGAGUGCAACUGUACAGUUGGGUUGGAGGGUGCUCCAGGACCCCAGGGGGAGAAAGGGGAGCAAGGACAGGUGGGAGUCACUGGGCAGAGGGGGCCACAAGGUGAGAAGGGAGACAUAGGGCCUCAGGGAAUGAUGGGUCCUCCUGGUCCCUGCAUGCCCAGCAUCCAGUCCAGCUUUGCUGCAGGACUAACGUCCAGCUAUCCCCAACCAAACGCACCCGUGGUGUUCGCUCAUGUCCUUUACAAUGUCCAGGGAAGCUACAACCCUGUAUCUGGCCUCUACACUGCCCCCAUAAACGGCACAUAUGUCUUCAGUUACCACCUCACUGUCCAUGAGCGAGUCCUCAAGGUUGGACUCUUCCAUAACUACAGGCCAGUUGUCAUCACCACAGACCCAAAAGUCCUGGGGACCACCUCACACUCCGUGAUCUUACAUCUGGCCCAGGGGGACCAGGUUUGGCUCCAGGUGAAGGACUCGGCCACGAAUGGCAUGUAUGCAGGUAGUGAAUCCAGUAGCACCUUCUCCGGCUUCCUGCUCCACCCAGACUCCUGUGACAUGGCCUUGCUGAGGGCCCCCAGACCCUUCAUGGCCACCCCCCAGGGAGAGUACAGCUGGGGUAGCAUGUCUGGAUCUGAGCCCCAGCCCACUGACAGAGGGGCCAAUUAGUUUCAGAGAGAAAGAACAGGCUGGGCUGUAAUCAAAUAAUUUUACCGCGGAUCAGACCAAACCAACAGACCUCUGACCUUUAACCUUUGACUCUGAGCAGAACACAACUCCACACACAAAUACAAAAUUAAGCCAGAACUACCUCAGGACCCCUGAGAUGGAAGCAUGGGAGGGGUUUAAGAUGUCAACAGCGUCUUCAGCCUCUUUGAACAGUUAUUUUUGAUAUCGUCAUGUAUUUUUGGUUCAUGAUGAAAAAAUCUAAACAAAGAGCCUGACAAUAAAAUGGAUUCUGAGCCUGACGACCAUGAAGAUGAAUAUGAUGGUAUUGAUGACGAUGAUGGUAAUGAAGAUGAGGAUGUUGGUCAUGAUGAAGAUAGUGGUCUCUCCAUCAGAGCAAGCAGUGUAAAGGUGUGUCAGACAGAAUGGUUAACAGGUGCUUGUAGCCUCUUUGUAAGCAGCAGGA